CUUCCAGACUGUUAUUGCCAUUCCAACAACACGGCCGUCGCUGCAGUACCGCGCCAGGCAACUCGCACAGCCUAACAGAUAGACCUCGACCCGGACAGACACCAAAAUGCUCGCUUCGACAUCGCGCGCCGCCCUUCGCGGCUCUUUGAGGACGACCCGGUCCGCUGCCUUCUCUACAUCGGCUGUGUGGUCGAAGGACACCCCUGUCGUCGUUGAGCUCCUCCAGGACGUCGAGGGUAUCGGAUACCAAUACGACCGUGUCGCCGUCGCCCCCGGCCGUAUGAGGCACCAGCUCGCGCCGUGCCGACUCGCCCGCUACAUUCCUUGGAAGCGUGCUUCCCAGCGAUUGGAGCCCUUCAUCUCUGAGGCUUCCCGCCCUGCACCCAGUAACCUCGACCUCCUCGACGCGCCUUCGGGCAAGGCGCCUGAAGGAUACCAGCACAAGGAAGCGGUGCCCACACCGGAGGCGCUGCUCAACGCUCUUCACCUCAUUCCGCAAACGAUCACUUUUGAGCGCCGCACCGUCUCGCCCUCGACGCCAGCGCUGCACGGCUCGCUCACGCUCUCGGAUGUGCUCGACCGUCUGGUGCACGAGCACGGCAUCUCGGCAAAGGACGCCGAGGUGUCGUGGGUUGGUCAGGAGGGUGGUGCGCGCAUGAAGGAGCUGGGUACGUGGGCUGUGUCGGUGCAGCUUCGCGAGUUUGGCCGCGAGGAGGUGCGCAUCGAGGUCGAGGUUCUACCCGUGGUGGUCGGUAGUGGCGCACCAAACGUCCCCACCAUGCCGACGUUCGCGACGCGUGGGUUCCACUUUAGCCUGACGCCUGCUGUCCAGCGUCUGCUCAUCCGCGGCACACUCCUCGUCACGGCGGUCCUGCUCUGCCGCAGCCUGUUCUUCAGCAGCCCCAAGCGUCACGACUCGAUCCAGACGCACGGCGUUGUUGAGCGCGUCUUCCUGCAAGAAAAGGAGCUCGAUGUGUCCAAAUACCCUUUCCUGCAGAGUAGGAUAGGGCGCGAUUCGCGCCCCGACCUCUUCGACGAGGAGGUCACGGACGGUAUCUGGGACUUUUGGACGCGUUUCCAGCAACCUUUUAUCGCUGGUAGCGAGACAGCACACGAGGACACCCAGGUAAUGAAGGGUGUCAUUGACGACCUCCUCCAGUUCAACGGAUGGGUCGCGGCGAAGUGCCAGACGCUCGUGCGUCCCUUCAGCCAGUCGGUCGACGACAAGUACAACGACCUUGCCAACACCGACCACCUGUACUACAUCGCCUUAGUUGUCCACUCGGCCGACCACUUCCUGGUCGACCAGCUCGCCAUCAUUGUCCAGCUCGCGCGCCGCCUCGGUACGCGCCACAUCUUCGUGUCCAUGCUCGACCAGGGCUCAACGGACGCGACGCCGACGCUGAGCGACUUGUGCGAGGCCGUCUUGACCAUCCUCGGCAUUGCGUUCCGUAUUCGCCGCAUCGACCCCCUGACCAUCACCUACUACCCGCUCGAGGAGGCUGCUGUGCGCAACCUCGUGCUGGAGCCGCUCCACGAGCUCCAGCAGAAGCGCAACAUCAAGUUCCAUCGCGUUAUCUGGCUCAAGGGCUUCACCUGCCCCAUGGACGUGCUCGAGUCGCUGCGUGUGUCGGAGCAGAACAGCGCUGCCAUGGUCUGCGGUAUGGACUGGGCCGAGCACAACGGUUUCUUCAUCUUCUCGGACCGCUGGCGAACCCGUGACAUUGCGGGCGACCUGUUCCGCCAGGCUCGUUCCAGCUCCAAGCCCGAGGCCGGCCCUCCCCGUGACAAGGUCGGCACCGAGCGCUACGCCGAACAUCUCCCCUUCCAGGUCUUCUGCUGCGAGUCGGGCACGCACGUCGUCGACCCCGAGCAGUCUUACUACCGUGGCAUCAAGUACCGCGCUUCGCCCAACGCCCAGAACCUCACCGCUGAUGUCCCCACCGACCCCGAGACACCGUGCAUGGACUCUACCCAGAUGUGGUUCUGCCGCGACCUUUGGAUCGAUGCGUCGCGUGGCACUCCCACGGAGGGCAAGGGCCGUCGCGGUGCCGCCCGUUCUGGUCGCCGCAGCGGCAAGCGUGACGUGAUUGUUGAGAACAUUGCUCCUAUCCUGGGCGAGGCCGACCCGGGCCCGAACGCUGCCGCCGCCGCUGGCGACAAGAAGCGCGCCGACAAGCCCGCUCCCGCUGCUGGCAAGGAGCAUAUCGAGCGUCCCGCCGACCGAGAGGCCGCCAUCAAGGCUGCUGAGAACGAGGACCCGGCUGCGCAGCCCGCCAACCCUGUCAAGGAAGGACAGGACAGGGAGGAGGCGGCCGACGAGAACUCGGGCACCAACAUUGACGCCAUGGACGACACGAUCCCAGCACCCGAACCCAUCAUGCAGGAGGAGGACAUGUGGCUCAUCCCCAACUCGGAGUACCGCCCCGCGCGCAUCCUCGUCAACCCUCGUUGCUUGACAACAUACGGUGGUGUGUCGCACACGCAGCUUGCGCUCGACCUGUUCGGCGACCGCGACCGCGGUCUGAACUCGAAGGGCCGCUACAGCGUCGACGACUGGGCCGGCGCGCCCGACUCGUUCGUGUGCCAGGAGAUGCGUACGACUGGUGGCCGUACGGCGCCCAAGAGCCAGCGCCGUGUGAGCUUCAUCCUCCAGAACGAGCUGGAGAACUACCCUCAAAACUAG